AUGCUACUCGAGGCGAAUUACCCAACUAAUGACCUGGUCUUCGGGGCGUCACCAAACUUCAGAGCUGAGAGAAUCCUGGACAUGGCCCACAAGGUCCUCGAUCAUUCUCAGGGAGGCGAGACAAGCCUGAAGCAAGACUCAGGUGGCCAGCGGCGCGUGUUCUCAUCGGAAAGUGGCAUUGUAGCCCCGCUCUUCGCACUGGCUGCGAAGUGUUCAGACGAGAACGGGAAGGUUUAUAUGAUGCUGGGAGCAUGGCCGCGGUCCUACACCAGUUCCGUACGUCAAGGCAGCAGAGGAUAA